AUGAACCCCUUACACUUACUCACCCUCCUCCCCCUCACCACCGCCCUCGCACUCACACUUCCAUCUCCCAUCUCCAUCGCCAGCAACGAGAACCCCACAAUCAACCAGAACAUCACAUCCCGCUCCCCCCAAGUCCAGCCACACAUACAAAUGUACCUAGGCACUCGCAAAGCAAACAUGGGCGGAAUGGACUUCAAUGUAAUAUACAACAACAUCUACACCGCCAUCCAGCGCGCCUGCCCCUCGUCUUCGCCAUCCAGCAGUUGCCCAGACCCUGCCUUCUCGAGCUUCAAAGUCCAAACUCACAAAGCGGCUGGCGAGAAACCCAUUGAGACCGAUGCAGUCCUGCACAUUGUAGGUGGCAAGUGGCACGGGUCCACUGCAAUCUACUACCUCAUGGUGGGCGCAAUCGCAGGGGCCAUAGAGCGCGGCACGUAUACAGAGAAAAAUUGUGAAACGUUCCAGACAGAGAAGAAUGUGAAUCGGUCGUCUACGUAUUGCAAUACCAUGGAUUCGGCCAAGGUGGAGUUGCCGGGCGACAAGGGAUAUUAUCUCGAGGUCAGAAUGGAGACGGUGGCUGGAAUGGGUGAGUUUGAUUGUAGUGCGAUUUCGAGUACGGUGGAGAGUUAUUUGGACUCUUUGAAGCCGGAAGUUGAACAAGAGUUGAAGAUGACCGAGUUGUAUGUCGAGGCAAAGUGCUUAUACGGGUAA